CCUCAGGCCACGGCCGCACCGACCGCGGCCGUUUCGGACGAGCCUCGACGAACCGAGGAUACCUGCGGGCCCGACGAUGGAGCGGCGCCUGCGGACGAUGUUAUUGCACGAUUGGAGCAGAUAGAGCGGCAGCAACCGCAGCAACGACAGGAGCAACAGCAGCAGACGCAGGAGCAACAGCAGCCGCAACAGCAGCAGACGCAGGAGCUUCAGGUUCAGGUGCACGCGGAACAAGAGCCGCAGCCGCCGCAGCGUCAGGAGGAACAGAAGCGGGAGGAGGUGCAGCAGGCGAAAAAAGAACCGGGUCACCUGCAGCAGCAAGUACGUCAGAAGAUAGAGAAGGAUCGCGAACAACGGAAGAUCCAGCAGGAGCAGCAGCAGUUGCAGCGUAAAUUCGAACUGGAGGAGCAGCAGCUGCGGCGCAAAUUGGAGCAGGACGAACAGCAGCUGCGACGCAAGCUGGAACGAGAAGAGCUAGCGUUGCAGCAAAAGUUGGAGCACGAGGAGCAGCAGUUGCAGCGAAAGCUAAACCAGGAGGAACGGAAGAAACUAGAUAAAGGCAAAGAGCAACAGCCGCAACCGUCGAAAGACGACAAGAAGCCGAGGGAUGAACAGCCGCUGCAAGCGGGCGAGCAAGCGGAGACGCGUCGAGAGCCGCUCAUGGAGCAAAUGAAACAGCGGAAAAUAGAGACGCCAGCGCAACGGAAAGAGGACGAGAAAGAGCAGCGACGGAAAGACGAGUCGCAGCAGCCUGGAGAAUCGCAACAGCACCAGCAGCAGGAGCAGCCGGGACCUCGGCCGCUCGAGGCAGUGAGCGGAUUUUACAUCAGAAUAGUGCUGAGACACGAAAGCCGCGCGAAUUUGGUCUGGUUGUACAAAACGCACAUAUUCUAAAUCCGGGAUCGAUCCGUCACGUCGCUCCCGUCUGGAUGUUCAAGCGAAAUCUUCGCGGCUACCACGGCUCUACGACUCAUCCAUCCAUGUUGAAAGAUAGCGAAUUGAUACGCGCUAAUUUUUUUUUUUUUUCGAGAAACGCGCGAUGCGUUUGCCACUCGGGACACGUCCGCAUCUCUCGUGUGCCCGACAAUUUUACUUUUAUGUCUUGAAAAAAGCGUUGGCGUCUCCUUCCGACGUCACCGAUGUCGACGAAAGGAGGUGCGUGUAAUGAAAACGUGUAAUCAGUUUCUUCUCGACUACUACUUCGCGCGCGGGCGAAGGUUUAACGGUGUAUCCGGCGUCGCCGUCUCGGCCGUCUCGAGACGCGCGCACAUCAGCCGUUUCUAGAUGUAAUAAAUCAGGGGAAUCCGUUAGGCUCUCGAUUGUCCACGGUCGCGGAGCGAGACAAUCGCGGGUCGCGUUAUUGUUGCGAGAGAAAAUAUGUAUCUGUUAAACGUAAAAUGUGCAAAAAAAGAUGUGCAUGUAGACGAAAAAAAAAAAAAAA